GCAUAAAUGGUACUUUCCAGGAAGUCUCGUACAACGUGAAACCUUGUUGUUUGUCGUUGUUGUCUUCUAAGAUUGUAAGAAUAAGUCCAGUCAAGGACAUGUACUUUUAAAAUACAACAAAUACAUCUUCUUAAACAUGUUAGCUUCUUCCAGGAAAUGACACGGUGUUAACUGUUCGGAAGAAGCAGCUAAAACGGUACCUGCUCCGCCUGUCGGUGAGCUAUCAUGCCAGACUUACUCAGUCUGUGCGUGGUUGUUAUCCUGUUAGGUCUUUUCUUUUUAACAGUUGCUGGUUAUAUUUUUUAUUUGGGACUCCAAAUAAAUGUCAAAGUUCACACUGGCGUCCCGCCUAUAAAGAAGAUAACUUUUGCCUACAAAUUUAAAGAAGGACCUUACAAAAACUGCGGACAACUUUUUAAAGAAGCUCACUUUAUUGGACCAGAACUCUCAUGUAUCGGAGUGUUUUAUGACCAUCCCAAAAAGGUUUUAGGACCACUGUGUCGCUAUGCUAUCGGCAGUAUUCUGACUGAUGGAGAAAACAAAGCAGAUGAAGAACUUCUAAAGCGCUACAAGACAUCUGGCUUUAAUGUUUUCACCUUUCCCCAAGUAACACAUGUGGUCACUACCUCAUUUCCUCACGGGACGUUUUUCCUCAACUACCUCAGGAUGAGAAGAGUCUACCAACAACUUGAACAUUACAUCCAGGAAAGGAGGCUCUGCGCACACCCAUACCUUGAAAUCCACAGAGACGGUCAGAUCCAAUUCAUGGUGCCCUUGGCUCGGCAGGGUGAUUUUUAUGUGCCUGAAGUCCGGCAGGUAGAAAGGAGGUUAUCAGAACAAGAGGAAUCAUUCAGCGAUACAGACAUCUCAGGUGCAGAUUCCAACAGUGAAUACAGCUCUGGGAGUGGAGUUCUCCUGUCGGACAGCAGAGAGACAUCGCCGGCUGGGUCCUCUGUCCACUCCGUGCCUAUCGGGGAUCAAGGGAGUAGAGACUUCAAGGGGCGAAGCUCCAGUGGAACACCGUUUAAAGAGCUGGACGUGGUGCAGUCAGGUGCACAUCAAGAAGAGAGAGAAAAGCAGCGUCAUGGAGACUCCAAGCAAAAGAACCUGGAGGUUCCCACUCAGGGGUUGUGGGGCAUUGUUGGAGGGGAGGAGUAAAAGUUCAGUGAGAUGUCUUAAGUUGAGGAUAAAAGAAUUUUUAAAAAAUUUUAAAGAGAUGAAGCUGAGAAGUUUUAAAAAUUUGUUGAGCUGGUGAUGGACUAUUGUUAAUAACAGCCAAUGUCAUGAAAAUAUCAAUGAUGUUUCCAGACAUCCUUUAAUAUCUCAUAAAAAAGUUAUGUUAAAUAUAAUUAAAUUUUCUCUAAGUUACAGGUUAAUUCACAUUUGGUGAAGCAGGAUGAUGUCGUAUCAGUUUGUUGGUCUUUCAUUUCAGAGAAGAGUGUAUUUCUUAUUUAGCAGUUACAGAAAGAGCUCUUUAGAACCGGUUCAUGUGCUGUGUUCGUUUGGUUGGACAGGCAAUACCUUUUGGUUUGAUGAGUUUACUUUUGGUCUUGAUGUUGUUGAUGGAUUUAAUGAAAAAUGUAGGGCAUCAAGUGAUUUAUUUUAUUCAGUUUCAUUUCACUGAUCCACUUGAAAUCUGAAAAAAUAAAGCUACCCUGUGAAUCUUGAAAUAUUCUUUCUCCUUAAAAGUAGCAUUUGUUUUUUUCAAACAUUUUACUUGAACAUCAUUGCUUUCCAGUGACUAUAAUCAUACAUGCAAGGAGAAAGCCGUUUGCUCAUUUUAUGUUGCUGACAUGAACAUUUUCUGUCUGUAUGAAAUUGUUUGAGGAGUUGUAAAGUAACAGUGAGGUAAAACAAUAAUUGUGUUAUUUGUGCAGAUACACUCAAAUUGUGUUCUUUCU